UAACUAAACUACGAAAGUACUUUGUCGUUAUCGUGACAAAACAAAUUUUCAGUAACAUUUGAAACAAUUGCGGUAUCUGAAGUUUAACUAGGAAAUUUAGUUUGAAACGAAUCAAAGCUAUGGUUUUAGAAAGCACCGUACUGUGUAUUGACAACAGUGAGUUUAUGAGAAAUGGCGAUUAUCUGCCAACCAGGAUUCAAGCUCAGCAGGAUGCUGCAAACAUGAUAUGUAGAACAAAACUGCGUUCAAAUCCAGAAAAUAAUGUGGCACUGCUUUCAAUGGCCGAUACCCAGGUGCAUGUCACUCUUACGACCGACUCCGGAAAACUUCUUUCCAAACUUAAUCUCAUCCAACCCAAGGGUGAAAUGAAGUUGUUAAACGGUCUACGAGUUGCUCACCUGGCUUUAAAACAUCGGCAAAGCAAGAACCACAAGACUAGAAUUGUUGCUUUUAUAGGCAGCCCUAUACAAGAAGAUGAAAAAGAGAUUAUUAAAGUUGCGAAAAAGCUAAAGAAAGAAAAGGUUUCGGUUGAUGUCAUUAAUUUUGGAGAGCAAGAUUGCAACACAGACAAACUUAUUUCUUUCAUUAAUACUUUAAAUGGAAAAGAUGGUGCUGGCUCACAUCUGGUAACCAUUCCACCUGGAUCUAUGUUAUCUGGUGCAAUAGGAAGUUCUCCUAUUGUUGUAGAAGAAGGCUCAAUGUCAUCCGGAGCACAAGAGUUUGAUAUGGGUUUUGAUCCUAAUGCUGAUCCGGAGCUUGCUCUCGCUCUCCGUGUUUCUCUUGAAGAGCAACGUCACCGGCAAGAAGAAGAGGCGAGAAGAUCUAAAAAUGAGACGCAGUCUGCUCCAGCAACGGCUGGAGGCGGUGAGGAGACCAUGCUUGAUGAUCCUCCAGCAACAGCUCCUGCUGCUCCUACAGGAGAAGUGGACAUUGCAAUGAUGACAGAGGAUGAGCAGAUUGCUUAUGCACUCACGAUGUCCAUGCAAGCAACACCAGAAGAUAGUGUUCCUCAGACACCAAUGGAAACAGAAUCUGCGGCAGGAUACCAAGGACAGAUUGAGGGUGAUAGUGAAGAUGAUGAUGAUGACGUAAUAGCUGAUCCUGAUUACCUGCAGUCUGUCUUAGAGAGUUUGCCCGGUGUAAACCCAAACAGUGAAGCAGUACAGCAAGCUAUGACAGAGUUCACACAAAGAAAAGAUGGAGAGAAAAAGGAUGAUUCAUCAAAAAAAGAUGGCAAAUAACUGAUACGUCCCACUGAUUUACAAACUGAUGAAUACUUGGAAACUGUUCAUUUCAUAAGCUUAGAUAAUGCUAUGAAAAGGAAUUUUAUUGUCUAUAAAUUUAAAGCUGCUUUCAUGUAAUGAAUCUCAUUGUUUCGACACAAACAUAUUUACGUAGUAUUUAAAAUUCAUUGUACUGCAUGGUGUUUAAAUGUUUGCGGCACUAGCUAUAGAAACACGAUGUAAACAAUAAAUCUUUGUUCCAAUGAUGUGUCUGCUUUAAGUGCACAACUAACCUAUCAAUUUGUUCACUUUACA